AUGGAUGACUCGGCAGGUCAGUCCGUCGGCGAGUAUGAGGCCGCAUUCGACCAGCUGGGCCGGCCUAAGCCGCCGUCGCGCACAACCAGCAUGACCAUGCCGGCUACUGCCAGCGCCCGCCCAGAUGCCAAUAAGUUAUCUGCCAAUGGUGCCGAUGAUGGCCGGCAUCUCAUGAGCCUCGAUGCCAUCGUGACCGGCCGCCACAGCAACUUGAACGAAUGCAUCGACGAACUAGACAAGAGGCGCAGCUUCAGCAUAGACCGUCGCGCCGCGGAUGCCGCCGCCAUGGCCUACGACCGCCGUGCCGCCGCCCUGGCGGCCGACUUUAAUGCCGAGCAUGGCGACCUCAACUUGUCGCCAAGUCGCUGGUGGUUUGCCUCCUCGGCGUUUCCUAUGAUUGCCGCGACCCUCGGCCCUGUUGCAUCGGCGUUCAGUAUCUGCGCGCUCGUCCGGCCGUGGCGGCAGGUGAUCCUCGCGGGCGAGACGAUCGACACGGCCCAGUUCACCAAAGACCCGAUAUGGCUCACGUGUAUAAAUGCUGUCCAGCUCGCGAUCGCCCUGGUGUCCAAUAUGUUUCUUCUGUUGAACAUGGCGCGGCGUCCCAUCACGAUGACCGGCUGGUACUUUUCCUCGCUCGCCCUCAUAGCAUUGGUGUCUACCGCAUCCGGCCCGCUCAAGGAUGGCAUCAAUUUGGACGGGCAACUGGUAUGGUCACAAGCGUUCUACUACGCCAUCUACGCGGCCAUCUUGUACAUGGUUGUGGCCUCGCUCAUGGUCGUGACGUUUAUCGGUGCCGCAACGGGCCACUAUCCCAAGGACUUCCAGCUCACAAACAGCCAGCGCACAUUGAUGUUGCAAACAAUUAUGUUUCUCAUGUAUCUGCUCAUCGGCGCGCUGAUCUACUCUAAUAUCGAGGGUUGGUCGUAUCUCGACGCCGUGUACUGGGCAGAUGUCACGCUAUUUACAAUCGGUUUUGGUGACUUUGCAGCGCAGACGACCUUGGGCCGUUCACUUCUCUUCCCAUUCGCACUCAUUGGCAUCAUCAGCCUCGGUCUGGUCAUUGGCUCAAUUCGGAGCCUUGCUUUGGAACGCGGCAGACGCCGCCUGGAUGCACGGAUGACGGAGAAAAAUCGGCGCAAGUUUCUCAACACGCUGCACAAGAAGGGAAAGGAUGACAUUCUUCGGCCUAUCCGGGAUCGAAGGGAAUCCAUUGACGGUGCGCCUCGAGGUGAUUACGACGGCUCAUCCAGCUUCGAAGGCCCGCGGCCCAACACGACUGGCCUCACCGAAUACGAACGCCGCGAGGAGGAGUUCAACAUUAUGCGAAAAAUUCAGCACCGCGCCGCCCAAAGACGGCGCUGGUUUGCAAUGGCUACGUCCGGAGGCACGUGGUUGGCCUUGUGGCUGAUUGGUGCGUACAUCUUCCAGACCUGUGAACAUCCCUAUCAGGGCUGGAACUACUUUGAUGGCUUCUAUCUGGCAUUUGUCAGUCUUACCACGAUUGGCUAUGGUGACGUGGUGCCCAUAUCAAACGCCGGCCGGUCCUUUUUCGUUUUCUGGUCGUUGCUGGCUUUACCGACCACAACCAUUUUAAUUUCCAACGCGGGCGACACAAUUGUCAAGGUCAUUAGCGACGUAACGAACGCUGUCGGCCGCGUCACCAUUCUCCCCGGGGAGCGUGGCCUGAAACGAGACCUCAAGGAAGUCCUUCGUGCACUUACGUGUGGUGUCGUCUUCGACGAUGUUGACAUUGAAGAAUCGCCACCGGGCCUCCUGGGUGCUGCACAGCAGCCCCCGGAACAGCGAGAAGAGUCGCUUGCGGAAGAACAGGAAGACGAGGAAGACGAAGCGGAGGAGGCUGUCAAUGAAGCCGAAGGAGUCCGUCGUGACCAGAAUCCAUCUGACGACGAUGAGAACGCAACACAAGGCGGUGGCUCCGGUAGCAGCGGCAAAGCAAAGAACGGCAACGAGGCAGACGGGAACGAUAAGGACACCACAAAAACGCGCCGUCCGAGAAGUGGCAAUCGAAAAGUCGGGAACGCAUCUGGAGGCCCACGAGAUGCCGAGAAAACGAACCGUGAAGACUACGCUUUCCAGGACCAACCGAACCCCGUUACCAAUGACGGUUUGGGGCAACAAGACAAUGUUACUGCACCGGCGUCAAUGGACUCGUCAUCACUGCAAAACACAUCCCAAAGGCCGGCUAUGCCAUUGCGGAAGAGCAGCACAACGCCUGUGGAGAUGUCCGAACAGCCGAAAAUGAAACGAGUGCUCUCAGACCUGUCGCAGAGCAGCACGAAAGCCACGAGCUCUGGAGAUGGCACGGCAUCCAUGGCAUCACGGCGGACGCGGACUGGAGACCAGUCGCCUUCCUCACGCCGCGGUACGAUGCGGAGUGGCAAUUUAUCCGGGUCGAACGCCACCGCGAGGGAGGGUGGUGAUGCGUCUGGGUUCGCCUUCGGAUCAGUGCCAUCGGUGUCAGUACCGCGCGUCGACCUGCCACAAGAGCUCCCUGCGUCGCGCGCAGAGUACCACUGCGUGCUGAUUGACGAGAUUGCGCACGUCACUGAACAUUUGCGCCACUCGCCACCGCGCAAGUAUACGUUCCAGGAAUGGGCGUGGUUCUUGAAGCUCAUCGGUGAAGACGAACGCAAUGCAGACCUCCAUCGCCGCGCACGUAUGAAAACGCACAAGAAAAGUGGACGCGGCCACAGCGGUGAAGGCGGCGAUACCGACCCGCAAGACACCAAGAGCUCCGUCGAUUUGAAUCCUGACAGCGAAGACCCUGCGCGGCUACAAUGGAGUUGGGUCGGUGCUCAGAGCCCACUGAUGAGCACCCAGGAGGAGGCCGAGUGGAUUCUGGACAAGCUGACAAAGCGCCUCCAGGCAGAGCUUCGGACAACACGAGAAGCAAUUGCUCUUUAUCGCAAGCACCACUCAAAGCGACUGGAACAGGAAGAAGAGGAAGAGCAGCUAAUGCUAAACAAAUCCUACUACAAUCAGCCUGGCAGUGACGACGCCGAAGACGACGAAGAUGGACGAAAGGCCGACCCGGGCCCGUACAGCCGCUCGAGGCAGCUCAAGAGGCGUGAAACGCACUCCAUCAAAGAGGAGAGUUGA